CGAGUUUCCUCUUUCACCUUAUAAAUUACAAGCACAGAACCCCUCAUUUUCACCAUCCAGAUCCAACUUCUCUCUCCUAUCUCUGUGUAAAAAUGGCAAAGUUUGUCUCCAUUCUGCUUGUUUUCUCCUUGGCUUAUACUUCUGUUGUUUCUGCUGCUUCUCCUCCAACUCCAACGGAAGGUCUCUUACCAAACGGAGACUUUGAACAACCACCGAAGGGCGGACCUCAGCCUGACGGUAUGUACAUCCCCGUCGCACACGGCGUCCACGCCGUCAUACUCGGGAACGAAGCAAAAAUCUCCCAAACAAUACCCGUGAAAGCUGGAUCUUUGUACGCUAUAACUUUCGGAGCUUCAAGAACUUGUGCGCAGCAGCAGGUGUUAAGAGUGUCUGUGCCAUCACACUCGGGGGAUCUUCCGCUCAAGACUUUGUACUGUGCUGACGGUGGCGAUGUGUAUGCGUAUGGCUUUAGGGCUAAUUCAAGCAGCGUGAGGUUAACCUUCCACAACCCUGGUGUAGAAGAAGACCCCAAAUGUGGCCCAAUCAUUGAUGCAGUCGCCAUUAAAGAACUCCACCCUCCCAGACUUACUCCACAUAACUUGGUGAAAAAUGGUGGAUUCGAGGAAGGUCCUCGUCUAUUAGUAAACUCCUCCAAUGGCGUCCUUCUCCCUCCUCAACAACAAGACCACACAUCUCCUCUCCCCGGGUGGAUCAUCGAGUCUCUUAAAGCUGUUAAAUUCAUCGACUCCAAGCAUUACAACGUCCCACAUGGCGACUCAGCCGUUGAGCUGUUGGCCGGGAGAGAAAGCGCCGUCACACAAAUCCUCAGAACAGUACCUAACAAACUCUACACCCUUUCAUUCGCCAUUGGAGAUUCCAAGGACUGGUGUCUUGGAGACAUGAUUGUUGAAGCAUUUGCUGCGAAAGAGAACCUGAAAGUACCAUUUAAAUCGGAAGGGAAGGGGGAGUGGAAGAUGGUUAGCAUGAAGUUUAAGGCGACAUCUUCAAGAACCCGAGUGAGCUUCCACAGCUCAUAUUACCACACUAGGGCUGACGACACCGUGUCCCUUUGCGGUCCAGUGAUUGAUGAAGUUCGCGUGUUGUCGGUCCGCGCCUAGAGGUAAAUUUGGUCUGUUUUAGUUCGAUAUUUGUAAAUCAGACAUUCCAUGAUAUUGGGUGACAUUGAUUGAAAUGCAUCAUGUGACCACAAUAUUGUCAACUGUAAUUUGGUUAAAUAAAAAAAGAUGAAUUGCAAAAGAA